AUGGCAUUUGGAGCUAAACAACUUCGCACAGAGUGUUACCUUCGGCAGCUACGUAUCGUUAAAAAAGGCCCGGACGCCAACGACCACAAGUCAGGAUAUGUUGCGUUAUUAAUGCAACAGAAGCGCGCGUUCAGCGAGAUGCAACGUCUAGGUGUGGAGGAAGGUCCGGCUGAACGCGGUGUAGUGGGUAACAAACGUCGUACUCGCCACUGCAUGCUACGGCUUUUGAAUGUCAUCACAUUUUGGACGGAUUUUCACUCAGCGUACUUGAGUUCCCGUCCAGAAUUCAGCAAGCUUGUUUCACCUCUGGCAGUAUUCGAAAAAUGCAAUCCUGAGUUCACCGUUCCUCACGAAGCUGCAAAAUUACGAAAUAUGUGGAAGGAUAUUACUGGUCGUUAUGCUACUGCUGUGGCGAACUCUCAAAUUUCAGGCGUGCACGACAAUGAUUUCUUUUCUUUCUGCUCCGGAAAAAUCGACGUCCUGUACAUGCGUGAGUGGAUGCGUGAAAAACCUGGUUUGUUGGAGUCCGUAGAAGGGAAACUGCCAAAACGUGCUCGUUUACAUACAAUGGAGGGAUGUAGUGACAGCGACGACGACGAGGUUGGAGGAUCUCGUCAAUCAAAAAAACAACGUACUCGCUCGAAGAAAGGGAAGCGCUUGAGCUAG